AUGAUAAUGGAAUAAUAAAUAUCUUGAACGAAAGUGUUCCAUUUUCGUCUUAUUUUCCGUUGUACGGACGGCCAACAUCAACAAGAAGAGCCACUUCCUUUUGUUGCCGCCGGCGAACCCGCAAGUUCUGAAGCUUCACUUCCCAAGGCGGAAUUUGGUUUUAUAGAUUUUUUAUAUUGGAAAAAAAGAAAUGAGCAGAUAUAGCAGGAAUAAAGAAAAGUAUGUAGUUCGUAGUGAGAUUUCGAAAGGCUACUAUGACCAAGGCACUGCUGCGCGGACAAGACCUUUGAGUUUUGAUGAGAUUAUGUCGAAAAGGAAGGUUAAACAGAAACUGUCUGACAGUGAGAAAGAGGGAGUUGCAGAAGGUGUAUCUGGAGAUGGGGAUGUUGGAAAUAUUUCAGAAAGGGGCCAUGAACGGAGUAAGGAUAGGAAUGCUGAAAAUAAUCCAAAAAGGGGUAGUGAACGGAGUAAAGAUGGCAGUCCCCAAAAAAAUUUAGAAAGAUUCUCUGGACGAAGUAAAGAUGGGGAUACUGGAAAUGUGUAUGAUAGGAGCAGUGGACGAGGUAAAAAUCGGAAUGCUGAAAAAAAUUUGGAGAGGGGCAAUGACCGAAGUAAAGAUGUGAAUAAUGAAACAUUUUCGGAAAGGGGUAAUAAACGAGGUAAAGAUUCUUCCCCUGAUGUCCAAAAGCAUUUAUCAGAGAGAGAUGCAAAGGUCAGUUCCAAAAUGAAAGAAGAGAACAUCUCAAUGAAGGAUCACUAUUUAAAUAAAAACAGAUAUCAGGAAAAUUAUGAUUCAGAAACCAAGUUGAAGAUGAAAAUGGACAGAGAUUUUAAAGAUAAAGGUAAAACUGAAGAAAAAGAUCAUGAUAGGAAGAAAGGCAACGAUUUAAUUAAGAGCCGAGAUAGAGAAAUCCACAGUUCAGUAACCAAACUGAAGGGAAAAUUGGACAGAGAUCUAAAAGAUAAAGGUAAAAUUGAAGAAAAAGACCAUGAUAGGAAGAAAGGCAAUGAUUUAGGUAAAAGCCGAGACAGAGAAACUCACAGUUCAGUAACCAAAUUGAAGGGAAAAUUGGACAGAGAUCUGAAGGCUAAAGACAAUACUGAAAAUGUUCAUGAUAGUAGAAAAAAGGAUGAAUGGCGGAGCAAUAAUGAUAAAGAUGAAGCUUUGAAGAAGCAGUCAAGAAACUUAACAGAAAGAGAUAAACAUGUAGACAGAAGCAGAAGAAAUCCUGAAGGCGAGAGAAAAUAUCGAAAUGGAGUUGAUGAGAAAGAUAGAGAUGAGUAUCUCACAAGGAAACAUGAUCUAGGUAACUCUAAAAGCAAAAACAAUAGAGAACAUCAAUUUCCAAUUGAUAGUAAAGAGAGAGAUGGGCGUGUUACAAGGAAAUGUGACCCAGGUGAAGGAAAUAAUGCAGAAACUUUAGACACAGAGGAAAUGAAUGAAUCUUCAAGAUCUCGUUAUGAAGAAAUCAAAGUGAAAAGCAGACGGCCUAGGAGUCGAGAGCAUGUGGAAAGAAAGAGAACGUCUAUUUCUCCCUUGCCAAGGUCAAAAAAACAUGCAUCUCAUCAUGGCAAGCAUGGAGAUCGGGACUUCCAUCAUCUGAAAGGGAAUUCUGGACAGAAGCAUCCUGACGUUGACAGGACGGAAACUACAGAUAAUGGCUUAAAUGACCAUUAUAAGAAGCAUAGUGGUUCCACAAGUGGACUCUCACCAAGGAAGAGAAGAACCGAAGCUUUUGCUAGGACUUCUUCACCCCCUAAACACUCACCAGGAAAGAAGCGUGCUAAAUGGGACCUUGCACCAGAAGGAGCAGACACUGCCUCUUCUGUGUCAGUGCCCCUUUUUCUUCAAUUGCCAAAUCAAACUGCAUUUCCAAAUAUUCAUGAGCCAGUCGAUGCAGUUCCUGUUGCUCCAGUUAUAGUCAAGCCUUUUUCAGGGGUUUCAUCCAGUUAUUUGUCAACCAAUAAGAGUUACUCCACUGACUCUGUUCAACUAACACAAGCUACGCGUCCUAUGAGGAGACUUUAUGUGGAAAAUAUCCCGGUUGCAAUCGCUGAGAAAACUAUGAUGGAAUGGUUCAACAAUCUCUUGAUCUCUUCUGGUGUCAACCAUAUACUAGGAACCAGGCCAUGUAUUAGCUGCAUUAUACAUAAAGAAAAGGCUCAAGCUCUUGUUGAGUUUCUUACACCCGAGGAUGCUUCAACUGCUCUUUCUUUUGAUGGAACUUCCUUUUCUGGUUCGACAAUUAAAAUAAGGCGUCCCAAAGACUUUGUUGAAAUGGCUACUGGUGAUCUGGAAAAAUUGGAGGCUGCUGUUGAUGUAUUACGCAGUAUUGUGAAGGAGUCACCUCAAACAGUAGCGCAGAUCUUCAUUGGUGGAAUUUCAAAGGCUCUUUCGUCUAAAAUGGUUAUGGAGAUUGUAGGAAGUUUUGGACCUCUGAGGAGAUUCCACUUUGAAAACAAUGAUGAUCUUGACUGUCCAUAUGCUUUUGUAGAGUAUACAGACCAAUCAAUCGCAUCCAAAGCCUGUGCAGGUCUGAAUGGUAUGAAGAUAGGAGGGCAAGUUAUAAGUGUUGUUCAAAUUGUUCCAGAUGCAUCAACCUUGGAAAGUGAUCGAAAGCCACCCUUUUAUGAAAUCCCCAAGCAGGCAAAGCCACUUCUCGAAAAGCCUAUGCAAGUUUUAAAGCUUAAAAAUGUGUUUGAUCCAGAAAUACUAGCAUCAAUGUCUGACACAGAAAUUGAGGAAGUAGUAGAAGAUGUACGUCUAGAGUGCGCAAGGUUUGGCACUGUUAAAUCUGUAAAUUUUGUCAAGCAUGGUGAGAGCCCUGUGUCUAAUACAGAGGCAUGUGAAGUGAAUGAAAAUUUGGAAUCUGCUGGGUCUCAGGAAAACUUGAGGGGUGAUGAAACAAAUGCUGAAAGUGAGACAACCAAAGAAGCUGUAGACUAUAAAUCUGUCGAAGGCAAUGAUUUUGAGCAUGAUAAACAUGCAGAUGAUCUUAUGGGAGAGCAAUCUGACAGGAAUACACUUGAAUCCAAAGUACUCUCUCAGCAAACCUUAAAAGAUGAAUCGGACUGCACUCGUGAUGGGGUGAUGGAAAUCGUGGAGAUGAAAGAAACGAGCAUGGAAGACAAAUUGCCUAUUGAAGAAGAGUUGAAUUUGGAGGAACUCCGUGGAAAGCUUACAGAAACUUUUGUGGAUGAUCAUGUAAGAGAAUCAAACACAAGUAAAGGAGAACAGAAUUGUGAAGAAGAGACGAAUUUGGAGGAAGUUGGUGGAAAGCUCAAGGAAACAGAGAAGGAAGGUAUUAGGAAACAGAACUAUGAAGAAGAGUCGAUUUUGGAGGGAGCUGGUAAAAAGUUGAAUUUAACUGUUGCAGGUGAUCGCAUAAUAGGAUCAGAUGCAGUUGGGGAGGGAGACCAUAGGAAACAGAAUGGUGACCUUGGCCGUAUUUUUGAGGCAGGCUGUGUCUUUGUAGAGUUUGGAAGAACAGAAGCCGCGUGUGCAGCUGCACAUUCUUUGCACGGACGGUCAUUUGAUAGCAGGACUGUGACAGUGGGAUAUGUUUCUCUUGACGCCUACCGGUCCAGGUUUCUGGGAACUGGUUGAUUAAAGCACACAUACUGAUAAUAGAAGACCCGUGCACCGUAUUUCUGUAUCAACUUUUGCCAAGUGAGAUGUUGGAAAUAUUAGGUUCGACCUGUUUGAAAAUUUUAAAAUCCAAUCGGGUUCCUGUAUUGGUGUCUGUGCUGCUCUGGGUUUCGGAUACAAUAUAGGGUGUAGAAGAUAGAACUUAUUACUGUAGUUUAUCUAGACAUUUACAGAAAACCGAAUGGGAGAGUUGCUGAUUUUAGCGGUUUUGUUGGGACGAUGGUUUUAGCUUUUAAAUGAUCACAUAAAAUCUGUAUUCAUGCUCAUUUGUUCUGUUUAAUGCUCUUUGCUUUGAAAGAGCAUAUGAUUGCUGAAAACAAUGGAGAAAGGGUUCUUUUA